AGAUAAUCACUCUGCUUUUAGUUGUGAUUCAUAAUAGACUGUAAGGUCGUUGGUGCUGCAGCAGUGGAAGGUCCCAUGAUGGGCUAGAUCUAAUUAAUUCUCUCUUCAAAUUUUGAAGGCAAUGCAAAUGCGGUACACCAUUAAUGUAUUGAAUAUUUGUGCAGGAGAAUCUUAAUUUGAAUAUUGGGGAGGAGACCACCUUCUGACUGAGCCACCAACUUCUGAAAUCUUUCACUGCUGCCUUGUAAAAAGAUUCCAUAGAACCUAAACCGAUAUUUCCAGGAAAACUGACCAAGGACAUUUCUCUUUUGCCCAUUUUAGAUUGAGUUGGGCAGCAAAAUGACAUCAGAAGUUCUAAUGCAAUUGCAGGGAGAUGCUCCAUGAACAAGAUCUCUGGAAUUACAUUCAAAAUGGGGACCCAUCUAAUCCAUGUUUCAAACCGGUUUGUUCUUAUAGCCAACCACUUGAAAAUGUGAACUUUUCACAGCACAUUUUGCCCCAGAGGGCAAAAAAAGUUACUGUAAAUGGGUAUUUGCCAAUUUGAUAAAUUAGAGUGUAGAGACAGCCUGUAACUAUAUGGGCAGUUGCAAUCACAAGUUCCAAGGAUAGGCACUGUGAUUACUCUUAUGCCCUCCGAUUUGAGGCAGCCAUCCUCCUCUGUUGGGCAAUAGAGUUAAAACAUUGCUUUAUAGCUGCUGAAUAGUUUUCUUAGUUCUUGUUUCUCUGUCAAGCUAGACAUUACAACUUCUUCAAAGUGUACAAUUCAAAUGCUUCCUUUCAACUUUUUCUAGUUCUUUUCUCUCUCUUUAGUCUCUACUGCGUUCACUGUUCACAGUAACCAACUGUUACUGUCGUAUGAGACAAACUCUGUCCGUUAAUGUUGGAGAAAGCUCAGGUCAGAAAAUGAUGUGGAAGGGCUAGCUGCAUGAUCUGAUCCAGGUACCUGUCCCCCCACAUCCCAUUAUCCUCAGAAGGCAUCAUUAUUAAGUGUUUAUACAAGAGAAAAGAGUUUGUCCAUGGAGUGUUGUAGCUGGUUUCUGCUGUCAUGUCUUUUAUGGAGUUCUCUGAUUCUGGGUUCCCAUCAAUUACAAUCUUCACAAAGACAAGUGCUUCUUCAACUGAGGAAGCAUUUGGAGUUCCCAAAUCUACUAGAAAUUUGGAAUGAUCAUGGCAUAGAUUUUUGCUAUAUAUCUUCAUCCUCACAAGUGAACAUGUCAUGCCAAGACAAUUUUGUGACCGAGCUCAGAAUUACAGGAGACAAGCCUGCCAAGUUUGAUAACUCUGUUGGACGGGUAAUUCCAAAUCAAACUUUAUCAGAGAAUUUCUCUAUGGAUUCUUUUGUUGUUACUCUUGCAAGGCUUAACAGCUUGAGAGUCCUCAGUCUUAUAUCUCUGGGCCUUUGGGGUCCACUUCCAGACAAAAUUCAUCGGUUGUCUUCACUGGAAUAUUUGGAUUUGAGUUCAAAUUAUCUCUUUGGUUCUGUUCCACCAAAGAUUUCAGCGAUGGUGAAACUUCAAACUCUUAUACUAGAUGACAAUUUCUUCAAUGAUACAGUACCCAAUUGGUUUGAUUCAUUGUCUAAUCUUAAAAUUCUAAGAUUGAGGAAUAACCAAUUGAAAGGUCCAUUUCCAUCGUCAAUACAGAGAAUUAACUCUCUUACUUAUCUUGUUCUGUCUAGCAAUGAGAUAUCUGGCAAGUUACCAAGUCUUGAUGCCUUAAGCAACCUGCAUCUGCUGGAUUUAAGUGGGAACCAUUUAGAUUCUAAGCUACCUUCAAUGCCGAAAGGACUGGUCACAGUAGUCCUUAGCAAUAACUCCUUUUCAGGUGAGAUACCACAUCAAUAUAGCCAGCUUGGUCAGCUUCAGUACCUUGAUAUGUCAUUCAAUGAACUAAGCGGAACACCUCCUGCUACAAUUUUUACGUUGCCAAACAUCAGUUACUUGAAUUUGGCAUCAAAUAUGUUAAGUGGUUCGCUUCCAGACCAGCUAAGCUGUGGCAGCAAACUGCAGUUUGUUGAUAUAUCUAAUAAUAGUUUUACUGGCAGAUUGCCUCAUUGUUUGAGAACUGAAUCAGAUGAUAGAGUUGUGAAGUUUGAUGGAAAUUGCUUAUCCACUGGUUUACAUCACCAGCGUGCAGAAUCAUCGUGUAUGGUCAUGCCUGUGAAACAUAAAAAUUCUGGUGGCAAAGAUGUAGGAAUAGUAGUGGGUGUGGCUGCUGGUAUACUUGUUAUUGUGGUGCUUCUGGCUUUCGGCUUUCUUGUUCUAUGUAGAAGAUAUUGCCCACGGGGAAUCUCAGAGCAGCAUUUGUUGCACAAAGCAGUGCAAGAAAACCCAGCGGCAGGGUUCCCAUCUGAUAUCCUCAACAGUGCAAGAUUUAUUUCUCAAGCUGCAAAAUUAGGGACACAAGAUCUCCCGGCAUGUCGGUCAUUUGCAUUAGAAGAGUUAAAGGAAGCCACCAAAAACUUCGAUAACUCUACCAUUUUGGGUGAAGGUUCUUAUGGAAAGCUUUACAAAGGAAGAUUAGAAGAUGGAACCCAAGUUGCUAUAAGGUGCCUCCCUUCGUCGAAGAAAUACUCAUUUCGAAACCUUAAACUCAGGUUGGAUUUGCUUGCAAAGCUUCGUCACCCACAUUUGGUUUGUCUCUUGGGGCACUGCAUUGACAGUGGUGGACAAGAUGAUUACAGAGUGAACAGAGUCUUCCUUAUAUUUGAAUACAUUUCAAAUGGGAGUUUUCACACUCGCCUCUAUGAGAACAGUCCAGGCAAGGUUCUAGAUUGGUCAGAGAGAUUGACAGUGCUAAUUGGUGUAGCAAAAGCAGUGCACUUUUUGCAUACAGGUGUUAUUCCUGGUUUCUUCAACAAUCGAUUGAAGACGAACAAUAUCCUGCUCAAUGAGCAUGGGAAUGCAAAGUUGAGUGACUAUGGACUGUCCAUUAUCUCUGAAGAAAUAGUAAAUUGUAGGGAAGGUGGAGAAGGCUUUAAAUCAUGGCAAAUGGCAAGAUUAGAGGAUGAUGUUUAUGGCUUUGGCUUCAUAUUACUUGAAUCAUUGGUGGGCCCCUCAGUAUCUGGCAGAAAAGAUAAGCUGCUGCUGGAUGAAUUGGCAUCUUGUGACAGCCCGGACGGGCGUAGGAAAUUAAUAAGCCCAAUUGUGCUGGCAACUUGCUCACAAGAGUCCUUGUCAAUUGUGCUUUCUAUAACAAACAAAUGCAUUUGUUCUGAAUCAUGGAGCCGUCCGUCAUUUGAGGACAUCCUCUGGAACUUGCAGUAUGCAGCUCAGAUCCAAGCAACAGCUGAUGGUUCAAAGAUUUGACAACGAAUCACAUGAGGGGUUAUUUAUGCGUGGACUCGCAACUCCCUCCAAAGGGAACUUGUUCCUUUUUUUGUUCAUCGAGGUUGCAGCUAUUGCAAAUGUUGAAGCUUUGCUACCUCAAGUUGGGCAUAACUUGUAUUUAUAUAUUGUUAUUUCGCUCCUCUUUUUUUUUUUUUUUUCUGUUUCUAGGAGUGGAUUAUUGUCAUUAUAUAUUCGCUUGGCCUCUGUUAAUUCUUGUUCUGACUGACCAAAGAUCAACUAGUGGAAAAAAGUUUUCCUCUUUCA